CGAAAAACUUUUACACGCACUCUAUAUUUAACCAAUAUCAGUCGAUACAUAAAAAUUAUUGAGAACACAUUCGCAGGCUGUGCAGAGUCUAUGAAGUAUCUACAAAUCUACAACACAAGAGGGCAUUGCCACCACCACACUAUAUUAUUAGCGCCGGCGUUAACAGCAUAGCAAACCAACACUUUUACUUGAUCUCACUUUGCUAUUGUCAUUUGGAAAAUCCCUACCCCUUUAAAUGACUGACUUGCCUGAUUUCUUUCUUGCUUUCCCAAUCCAUAGCAGUGCCCUACAACAUGCGGCGUUUUCUUGAUUAUCUGUUUCUCCUUUGGCUACCGCUAACGGUCUUCGCCAAAGACGACCCGGACUACCGUCCCUGGUCAAAUUUUCGUCCGAAGAACGUGACGGGUCUUACUGGACUCUAUGCCUGGGUCGGAUCCUACUACAAUGCAUCCACUGAGAUAGACUUCAAGCCACUCAUUGGGGUGACGUUUAAUGACACUCUUUGCCCUAAUCUUAAAGGCUUUUCAGGUACUAAGAAAGUGGACUCUAUCUUGACUAUAGCUGAACGAGGCCCGUACAAUUCUGGGAAGGACUCGUUAAACCUGUGGCUUACUUUGAUUCCUCCAAACUACAACCUUUCCUCGGUGCCAUAUGAUUCACAAAUUCCGUUCUCAUCGCCGCUUAUAUGGCCAAUUCUCUCCUCAGAACUUACCUGGAAACAGGGUGAAAACACUACUGUUCCAGACAACUUCAAUUUCACAGUUAGCAAAACGCAGCAAGGGUCCUACAACCUCUCAGGGACAAUGCAAGAGAGUUUAAGCUCAGAAGAUGUAAUAUCAACAGUCGGCAACGUCACCAUGUCCUCCUGCAAUAGCACUGAGUACACUGAUGACUGGAGAUUGGACAUAUGGACAUAUAAAUGGUGGGACAACCAAGGCUGGGACGCCUUCACGUUCCCUUCUCUCGACGUCCAAUUCGAUAACAAUACCGCGAAUUUGACUUUAAAUGGAUAUUUCAUAGCGCAAAAUUUUGUGAGGACCAAUGCUACCGACUGGAUUGGACCGCAAGAAGUAGGAAGUUCUAUUCAGGGCAGUAUUCAGAUUCGUUUUUCGGGUGUGAUAGACGCUUAUCAUUCGGAUGUUAUGAAUCUGACCGGACAGAAUCCUGUAUGGUUGAGAACGGUAGGCUUUGGGAAUAAUUCGCUGAAUAUUGAUAAUACUGGCGGAGCGGGAUCUGGUCCAUAUCCUGCGCUUGCAAUUGUUGCCACCGGUUUCAUAGGUUGUGUUGUUAGUAUGUAUAUUUGAUUAUGAGAGCUGCUCAAUCAUAAUUUUUAUUUCCUUGCGGGUCUGCGCGUUUUGAUUAGCAAAAAUUAAAGCGGACUAAGUUGACUAUCAAUUUACUGAUUCCCU